AUGGACAUGCUGGGGAGAGUCCAGCAAAGGGCCACAAAGGUGACUAAGGGACUGCAGCAUCUGUCCUGCGAGGAAAGGAUGAAAGAGCUGAGACUGUUUAGCCCAGACAAGAGAAGCCUUGGGCGAAUCUCAUCGGUAUUUAUUGCACAGUCAAGAGCUUCUGGAAGCCACCGAGAUGUUGAAGAUGAGGAGCUUACACGAAUCUUUGUUAUGAUACCAAAAACCUUUACAGAGGAAGAUCUGCAAGAGAACUUUAAGAUGUAUGGAGACAUUGAAUAUUGCAGCAUAAUUAAAAACAAGGCUACUGGAGAGAGCAAAGGUUUGGGCUACGUGCGGUAUUUAAAGCCAUCGCAAGCUGCCCGAGCAAUUGAAGAGUGUGAUCGAAGCUACAGGGCCAUUUUGGCUGAACCUAAAAAUAAGUCAUCUGAGUCUUUUGAACAUGAGUAUUACAGCAGUAGCAUGAGGCAAGAACUAAGAGGAAAUACACUUCCAUGUUGUGUGCAGCCAGAGUUUUGUAGCUUUGAAAAAAAUGAGAACAGAAUUCAGGAGCCUCUCUCCAAACGUCUGUCAGUGGUCUCACGUCUUCCCUUUACUCAAGAGCAGCUGUUUGCCCUCUUUGAUCUAGUCCCAGGACUGGAAUAUUGUGAUGUUCAACGAGAUCCUCAUACCAAUAGUGGUUAUGCUGUGAUUCAGUACAGUACUGCUGCAUCAGCCAUAUAUGCCAAGUAUAAGUUACACGGUUUUGAGUAUCCUCCUGGAAAUAGAUUAACUGUCAUUUUCCUAGACGAUGGAAGUGAUAGCUCAGAUCUCAUCAGAAAAAUGGCAACACAGCUAGUAACAGCACAGGUGUCAUCAGUGUUGCGGAAUAACAAUGCAGUUGUUCAGCAGUAUAGGACCCCUCCUCUGGCAUUGGGAGGAACUUCUGGCUCAUUAUUAAUUCAGCCCCAAACAGAUGCUAUACUUCCACCACACAAAAAAAAGGAUCCACCUGACACUUGUGUGAAGGAAAGGCUGUUCAUUCUUUUUCAUCCUCAUCCUUUACCUGUAAAUGUAUUGGAGGAUGUGUUCUGUCGUUUUGGGCACUUAAUAGAAGUUUAUCUUGUGGCUGGAAAAAAUGUGGCCUAUGCAAAAUUUGCAGACAGAGCAAGUGCCAGUGAUGCCAUAACUGCGUUACAUGGCAAGAUUGUGAAUGGUGUCAGGCUUAAAGUGAGACUGGCAGACCUGCCUUCAGAAGAAUCUAACAAGCGUCUGAGAACUUACUGA